ACCGGUGGCAUGCAGCGCCGCUGGCAAGCCGAUAAAAUAACGUCCCCUCCGCGUAACUUGCGAUUUCUCGCGGUCGUAUUUUCGCUCGCUAUAGCAUGGUUAGCACAUCCUGACCAAGCCGCGGGCGCGGGAGGCGGAGGAGCGUAUGACGAUGUCUCGGCUAUUUUGGAUUCCCUGACUGUCAGCUACGACAAAAGAGUGAGGCCCAAUUAUGGCGGUCCGCCAGUGGAGGUGGGCGUCACCAUGAAUGUGCUGUCUAUCAGCUCCAUCUCCGAAGUUAACAUGGAUUUCACAUUGGACUUAUACUUCCUUCAGUACUGGACUGAUCCAAGGCUUGCAUACAAAAAGCGGCCAGGUAUUGAGACAUUGACAGUUGGAUCAGAAUUUAUUAGGAACAUAUGGGUGCCUGACACAUUUUUCGUAAACGAAAAACAAUCCUAUUUUCACGAUGUAACAACACGCAAUGAAUAUAUGCGUAUUCAUCAUUCUGGAUCUAUUACACGAGCCAAUAGAUUAACAAUAACGGCUUCCUGUCCCAUGGACCUACAAUACUUUCCUAUGGAUCGUCAACUGUGCAAGAUUGAAAUCGAAAGCUUUAGCCACACCGUGCAAGACAUCCGUUAUAAGUGGAAUGAGGGGCCCAACUCCGUAGACAUAUCAAGUGAAGUCAAGUCCCUACCGCAGUUCAAGGUUCUGGGCCAUCGACAACGAGCUAUGGAGAUUUCUCGUACGACAGGAAACCACUCCCGACUUCUAUGUGAUUUUCAAUUUGAGCGUUCAAUGGGAUACUAUAUAAUUCAAAUAUACAUAUCAUCUGGAAUAAUUGUAAUUAUAUCAUGGAUAUCAUUCUGGUUGAAUGGCGAUGCAAUACACGCACGUAUCUAUCUUGGUGUGACCACUGUACUGACAAUGACGACCCUGAUGUCUUCAACUAACGCUGCUCUUCCCAAGGUUUCGUAUAUUAAAUCCAUUGACGUUUAUUUGGAAUUCUGCUUCGGAAUGGUGUUCACUAGUCUAUUAGAAUUCGCUGCUGUUGGAUACAUGACUAAAAGGAUGGAAAUGAAGAAACAACAAUCUACUGCUAUCCAGCAAAUGGUUGCCGAGACAAAGAUAUAUAUCGAUGAGCCUCCUGGCACGUCUGAGCCACUUCCACCGCCUUCCACUGCUCGGCCUAGCCGCUCAUCGGAGUUAUCCUUCGAAGUCCAUGAAAACACGAUUUAUGCUGCAAGAGCCCCCUCACCGCCAGCGCCAGCUCCUUCCCCCCCUACAGAAGAAGAAAUACCACCGCAUCUACUACAAGAAUCGAAGGUUAGUUGA